UGGCUACGUGCUAAGCGCUAGUUCCGGUAGCCGCCGCUGCUGCUGCCUGUCAACACCACACCGCUCCAGGACGCUCCUGAGUCCGCCGGGAUUUUAUUUUAUUUUUCCCCCUGUUCGUCUCCACUGCCCUCCGACAUGCCCAUGUACCAGGUAAAGCCCGUCAGCGGCUGUGACGUACAGGUCGAUUUGCCCACCUGCAUGUACAAGUUACCGAAUGUCCACGCGCAGCACGGGAACAGCUGCAGCCCCGAACACGCGCUUCAGAAUGGCGAGGUGGACCCAGCGGUCAAAGCUCUGGAGGCCCGGCAGGAUGAGAUCAUGAGAAAACUGUAUGAGCUGAAAGCAGCGGUGGAGGGCCUGGCUAAAACGGUGACCACCCCAGACGCCGACCUGGACCUGACAGUCAGCAGCAGCCUCUCCUCCCAAGUCUGCAGCUCUAGCACCUUUAAAGGCACCACAGACCUGGACACGCUACUGGGCAAGGACCUCGGUGCUCUCCGUGACAUCGUCAUAAACGCCAACCCGGCGCAGCCUCCCCUGAGCCUGCUGGUGCUCCACAGCCUGCUGAGCCAGCGCUACCGGGUGCUCUCCACCGUCCACGUCCACUCCUCAGUUACCAGCGUGCCACCACAGCUCCUGUCCUGCCUCGGCCCGCGACAUGCAGACAGCUACGCCCGUCACAUGUUCCAGCUGGGCUUCACCCUCAUAUGGAAAGACGUUCCCAAACUGCAGAUGAAGUUUAGCGUCCAGAACAUGUGUCCCAUCGAGGGGGAGGCCAACGUGGCGCGCUUCCUCUUCAAGCUGCUGGCGCCGUACCCUGCCGACCCGGCCGCCGCCACGCUGGUGGACAGCUGGCUGGACACGGCCUUCUUCCAGCUGGUGGAGGGCAGCACCAAGGAGCGGGCCGCCGUCCUGCGAGCGCUCAAUUCUGCCCUGGGCCGCACCCCCUGGCUGUCGGGACCGGAGUUCUCCCUGGCCGACAUCGCCUGCUACUGCUGCGUGCUGCGGACCGGCUCGGCCGCCUCGGCCCCCGCCAACGUCCAGCGCUGGAUCAAGUCCUGCGAGAACCUGGGUCACUUCGGCCCCGCCAAGCUGCUGCUGCAGUGACGGGCCGACCUGGGACGGAAGCAAAGUGAGAGAAGGGCAUUAGAAUAAGGAAAUGUCCCGGCCGUGUCUGGAAGACCUUCUGAUGCUUCCCUCCUGACUGUAGCGUACUGACAGAGACUCGGUAGAAGCAAUGUGGCCGACUGUUAGCGUGAUUUAAAAGUAUUUAUCGCCGCCAUGUUGCUUUUAUACAACAGAGAUUCUAACACUAUAUUUUGCAAAGAAGGAAGCAUGAGAGGACUGAACAGACGAGGGGCUGGUGACGGAUUAAUCCACACACACUGUACACCUUCCACCCACUUUGUGCCUAACAUGAUCCUGCUCUAAAUGUGUGUCGGCUAGUGGUGACGGUAUUACUGGAUGUUUUCACAGGUAAUACUUUGUACCAUUUGUUUAUCUGAAACCAUUAAAACUUCUACUUUGGAUCAAA